AUGUCCAAAAACAUGUUCUUUAGCCAGAAUAUACCAGUAAAUACAAGAGUAAACACAAUGCAAUAUGACAAAAGUCCAAAGCCUCAAUAUAACAUGAAUGUUUCUUGCCAACAGUACUCGAAAGUUAAUACGAUUCAUCCAAAGUUUUAUUCCACAGCUUCUUACGGAGUACAACAUCCAGAAUCACCGUUUUUACAGAAGAUUAUGAAUUUCUUUGAUUAA